UUUUCGGACUUGUCAUGAUGCGAUUGGUUAGAAAGCGUGUCAGCGUUUGAAUGGGGCUCUCCGUGUCCAUCUUUCUGUGAUGUACAUAGACACGAGCUGUAACAAUGGGACCAUUAAGAGUUAUAUCUGUCUUUCUGGAUGUCGCUUUAGUGUGUUUGAUGUUUGCCCGAUGCGGCGCUCGUGAUUUGGACUCCAGCUACGUGACGUGUGGAUCUCUGGUCAAACUGAUGAACACCCGGCACAGCGUCAGACUUCACUCGCACGAUGUCAAAUACGGAUCAGGAAGUGGCCAGCAAUCAGUAACCGGUGUGGAUUCUGCCGAUGAUGCCAACAGCUACUGGCGUAUCCGUGGAAAACCAGACAAAGUUUGUCAGCGUGGGGAGCCCAUUCGAUGCGGAGAGGCCAUCCGAAUUACACACAUGAAGACCGGACGCAACCUGCACUCACAUCACUUUAGCUCCCCACUGUCUAACCACCAGGAAGUGAGUGCGUUUGGCGAAAAUGGAGAAGGAGAUGAUUUAGACGUAUGGACCGUGCAGUGCGGCGAAACAUACUGGGAACGUGACGACACUGUGCGAAUUAAACACGCUGCCACUGAGGUUUUCCUCAGUGUAACCGGAGAGCAGUACGGCCAGCCAAUCAGAGGCCAGCGUGAGGUCCAUGGAAUGCCUUCACCCAAUCAGCAUAACUAUUGGAAGGUGAUGGAGGGGGUUUUUAUUCAGCCCAGCGGUGAUCCAGUGCGCCACGAUGAGCUCUGAUGAUGCUGCUACAUUAUCGUAGCGAGCAACUGAGAACUCCACUCACACAUGCUGUGAAACCCUCUCUAUAUUUAAACCUUUAGUUUCUAAAAAGUUUUACUUUUAUUGGUCAGACUUGUGUGAUGCAAUUUGAAAUGAAAAAUGAACUUCACAGACAAAAAGGUUUGUUUUACUAGAUUGCUAAUGAUUGGAAUGUAUUUGUUUGUACAUAAGGGAAUACAAUUACAUUACAUACCAGGAUUUUGGGCUUCAAAACUGAGUAUUUUGUAUUAUUAUUAGGUUGGAUUAUUACUGGAACAAAUGGCAUUGUACUAUGAAAGAGUGUUUUUGCACACAUGAAAUCUAUGUAAUCUUUCUGAAUUCAGUGUGGGAAAAUAUCAAAUGGUCGUUUCUGGUUUGGUUUAAGUUUGUUACUGUAAUUCUCAGUCUCCCCCUCCCCUCCUACUGUAUAUGAUCCGAUAUGUACAUAAUUUGGUGAAAACAUACUGUAGGUAGUUUUUUAUUUCAGUUAAAACAACAUGUGUUUUAAAGAACCGUAUAAUAAAAAAAAAAAAAAAAAAUAUUGUAAACAAGCAGAUGCAUUGUUGUGAUUCCCAAUUUCUGAAUCCUGUCAAUAAAUACUGCAUACUAUCUAGGCUUUAUUAAAGAUUACUCAAAUUACAAUUACAA